AUCUGGUAUCGCGCGAUCGCACAUGUACAUCCCAGGUAAGGUAUCGAUCUCAACUGCCAGCAAGUGGGACAGCAAAGUUGAGCGUUGUUGUCCACCGCGACAGUGUCUUUCCAAAUUGCUUUCUCUAUCACUUCCAGGAAGCUGCGGCAUCUCAUACUUGCUGCUGGGAGGAGGAUCAUGCAAGUCGGUACUCGCGGACAAUGGCUUCGUCCCAGACGACGUUGCCGGACCACGAGCCGCUGAAGUUCUCCCCUCGCGCCGUUUCUCGACUCGACGAGGAGGAUGAAGACGACUGGCAACAGACCAUACGCCCCGUUGCCCUGGGUUCCAGAAGCGUUGUACACUCGCGCGAGUCGUCCAUCGAGAAGCUCCCACGUCCCCCCGAUCUCACCACACAACUCCCGCCCCCUCGAUCCCAUGUGCCGUCCAAUCGAAGCGCCAUCGGGGGUGUGAUAGAGCGGGUUGUUGACCCCAAAGCAUCCACGUAUGGGCAUCAUAGGCAAACAUCAAUUGUCCAUGGCAUUGGGAUCCACCACUCCAGGAACGGGAGCCUUGCCAGUUCCUCGUCCAGUCCCCUUAGCCCGCAAAUGAUCGCCGCGGCCGGCGCCGGCCUGACGCCGGACAGGGCAGAGAUGCAGCCCUUUCCACGCCUCGACGGCGAUGCUUCGCUGGGCCAACGCCCCCCUACCGCUAUGUCCGGGACGACUCUCGCGUCACUGUCAAGCCUCCACGAAAGAUCAUCCUCGGCCGCCGCAGGCGAGAUCGGCGGUCACAUGUCGGCCCGGGUCAAGAUGGAGAGGAAACAUAGCGGCAAGACCCGGCGGGACCACGUUCACAACCACUCGCACCCGUCGCGACACCAAAAAGACGAGCAAAAGACAGUCGGCGAGUACGCCCUCCACGUCCUCUUUACGGCCUUCAUCGCCCAGGCUGAGGAGAAGCUAAACGAGUGCGUCACGGUGCCAUUCGAGCCGGAGCCUCAGGUUGAGCAAAUAUGCGGUCCGGGGGCAGACCCGGCCUUUGAUCAGCUCAUUGUGGCUCUUGGGCACAUCGCCAAGCAGAAGCCUAAGCCGCUGAUUGACUCGAUGAUGUUGUGGAGGAAGAGCAAGAGCGAUGCAGCCAACGAGGCGCGGGCCCAACUUCAGCAGUCUCGAAUCUAUCCUCCUUCGGGACCGUUGCAGAGGCGGAACACAGAACCGGUGCAGCCGGCCGCCGCGGGCGCCGCUUCGGAGGCUCACCCUGGCGGGCAGAUGUCCCUGGCUGCGAAGCAGGAAUACGUAGCUCAGGCGGAGCGCAGAUCAACAGUGUCCAUCUACCUCCUCUGCCGCGUCCUUCUCGAGGUCCUUACGCAGAGCACACUGCCUUCCAUCACGCCAGAAAUGGAGGACAAACUCGAGAACAUCAUCUUUGGGCAGCUAAAGAUAUCCGACACGGAACAACUGAUGGUCUCGCCGCUAAAGCUAUCCAACUGGAACCUUUUCGCCCAGCUGAUGGGCGCCAUGAGCGAAAUUAGCUUCGCAACCGUGACUGACCGCUUCAUCACCGACCUCGACCGCUUAUUGCAAGAGUUGGCCGCAAAGAACCCGACAUCCUCGGCCCGGGACCUUGAGAACAAGGUGGAGCUUGUGUUGGGUGGAAUGAAGCAUCUCCACGUAAAAACCACACCAGAAGAUGCCUGGGACCGGUCCUGUGAGUUCAUGGCCUCGCUGGGGAAGCUGUUCAGUCGAUCUCAUGGCCCCAAGGUGAAAUCGGCAUUCUGCCAAGUCCUCGAGAUGCUUGUGCUUCCCGUAGCGGCCAAGGCUUCCAACAGUGAUAUUGCGCACCCAAAGUGGAACGAAGUCCUGGCCAUGGUUGGGCCACGGCUGGCCCAGAUGUUUGUUAAGCCGAGGCAUUGGCAUUACACCUUUCCUCUGACGGCCACCAUGCUGUGCGUCUCGCCACCGGACACGUUUGUCAGUCAGUGGCUCCAGCUGAUCUACCCGCUUCAGCCGCGACUCAAAGACCGUUACACUCGCCCGCUCUGCUUGCAAGUCAUCUCCAGGCUGCUCUGGACAUAUCUCUACCGAACCAGCGACAGUUCCUCGGGCAUGACUAGGAAACUAGACGAGGUUCUGAAGAUGGUCCUUCCCCACACCAAGAGGACUCUGGUCGCCAUGGAUACUGCCGCCAUUGACCCCUUGAUUCAAAUCAUCCGAUUUGUUGGGUACAAGCACCCAGAAUACUGCUUCCGAACCAUCAUCUUUCCUUUGGUCAAUGCCGACCUCUUCACAUCCAACAAAGAACUCAGGAUCGAGCAGCUGGAUCCGGACAGAAUAGUCGUCGGCAUCAGGGCCUUUCUCACCAUCAUGUCGGAUCUCGAGAAGGGCGACAAGGGCAGACCCCCCUUCCCGCAGUCGUACGCGCCACCCUCCUUCGCUGAACGGGCGCCUCCGACGUCUCCCGUCUUCGGUUCGCCCCGCGACUCUCCCUCGGCCGCCUGGGCUGCUCUGUCGGGCGGCGAACGACUUUUCCGGCCAGUGUUGGUCUCGGCGCUCUCCGAUAGCGUCAGGGAAUACUACGCCAGGUUCUGCGAAAUACUUGGCAAGAUCAGCAUCAUCUGCGACAACACAUUUGGUGGCCAGGCAGCUUUGGAUGAGAAGUUUGAUAAGAUGGAAAAGUUUAACAGCCCGGGACCCAAAACGCCCAUCGCCGAGACGUUCAAUUUCUCUCGAAGGGAGGACCAUCCUAACCCGCAUGACCAGAAGCAAGCCUUCUACGAGCUUCUUCAUGUAGCUGUCCAGGCUCUUCCCCGGUGUCUAUCAGCCGACAUACCCUUCAACACGCUAAUUAACCUUCUCUGCACCGGAACGGCACACGUGCAAAAUAACAUUGCCGAGUCAUCUGCCCAGUCCCUGAAAGCCAUCGCACGUCAGUCCCACGCCCAUCAAGUGACGAUGGGGUUUGCGCGCUUCAUCUUCAACUUUGAUGACCGCUACUCUACCAUGUCGGACGGCGGAAUGCUGGGGCCCGGACACAUUGAGAAGACCCUGAUGUUGUACAUCGAACUUCUCCACAUAUGGAUCGAGGAGAUCAAACAGAAAACCAGAAACGCCGCGGACGAGAGCGGCGAAUCCAGCGUCGCCGAAAAGAGGGGCAUCAAGCUCGACUUGUCUAGUGUCUGGGCUGAGGUCGACCAAGUAGAAGCUCACGGGCUGUUUUUUCUUUGCUCCCAGUCUCGACGAGUCCGGUACUAUGCAGUCAACGUGCUGCGCCUGAUCACCGAGUUUGACGCAGUCCUCCGAAAGCCUAGCGGUCGCGAGAAGGAUACCCCGAGACUCAUAGAUAUUCUCGAGAACGACUCGAUGCAGGUGAUGAGUUUCAAUGACGAGCAGCUCUCCGUAGCAGAACGGAGCAGACUGCAGCGCGGGAUGCAGAACACCAACAGCCAAGGGGCCCUCAUUGAGCUCUGUACCAGCGACGUCUCGUACGACACGACCUUGUGGUUCAAAAUCUUCCCUAACUUCAUCCGCAUUGCCUUCGACAAGUGCCCUUUCGCCAUCACGCUCAGUCGUGACCUUGUCUGCGAGCGGAUCCUUCAGCUGUACAAGGUCAUCACGGUACUUUCUGAACCGCCACGGGAGCCUCGAGGGCAGUUCUACGCGGAGCCCAGCAGUGCUCGUAUGACGGGCAAGACGCCCACAACGCACCCGGAGGUGGUCAUCGAGCAAUGGAAGUUGUACCUCGUUUUCGCUUGCACCACGCUCGCAGAUCCCGGCAGCGCACAGGCGAGCGGAGCGCAGAAUGGCCAGCACGGCCAGCGAGGUUCCAAGUCGUCUUCGGCGGCCGAAAAGAUUGGUUCGGCAAGGACCCUCUUCAAGUACCUGAAUCCCAUGCUCUCGGUUUCAUCCGCGCCGAUCAGGGAGGCGGUGGUCAUUGCCAUGGGCUCGAUAAACAUCCAUAUCUAUCGGACGCUGCUUGAGGAGCUGCAGGGACAGGUGUCCCGGUGCAACGACGACGCGCGGCAGCGCAUUCAUCAGCGUACGAACAGCAGUCCGCGCCGGAACCGAAAGAUGGACAUUCUACGGACGGAGAUUACGCACGUCUACAAGUUGACCUCGCAUUUUUUGAGAGAUGCCCAGGUCUACCAAGACGACUGGGUGUUGAACAAUCUGGUGGCGUACGCGAAGGAUCUGAAGCUGUUCCUGAUGGACGGCGAGGUUCAGAUGGACUGGGAGUUCCAAAAACUAAGGCGCCACUACUGUGGACUGAUGGAGGAGCUUUUCGAGGGCAUCAAUCGGACAAAGGAUCCAUCACGGUGGAUGACCUUCGAAGCCCGGAAAUCUGCCUUUGCCCUGAUGGAGGACUGGUGCGGCUUCUCGCCCAACCAGCUCCAGAUCCGCCAAAGAGAGGACAACAUGAGGCAGUCGGUCAUUGAUCAGAAGACUGCGGGCGAACGAGGGACAGUGACGGCGGCUAUGGAGAUUGAGAAGAGAAACCUGCGAACGGCCGCUCUGAGCGCCAUGGCUGCGCUGUGUGGCGGGCCCAUCAGCGCAACCACAGAGAGUGGUGCGUCCCUCCAGUUCGAUGUUCGAAGAAUGCUUGCCUGGAUCGAGGCCAUUUUCAAUUCGGGUAGCGACCGCAUGAACGUGAUCGGCAGGAGGGCACUUAAGAAUUUGAUUGUCCACAAUCAAGAAUAUCCCUAUUUGCUCGAGCAUUGCAUCUCGCGGUGCUAUCUCUCCGAGGCCUCGGCCAUGCUGGAGAGCUACUUCAGUGCGGUGACAGACGUUCUCUUGGAGCAUCCCGAGUAUCCCACCCCGUUCUGGAAGCUGCUUGGCCUCUGUCUCUUUAUGCUGGGCAAUGACCAGAGCGCCAUUCGGUCCAGAGCCGCGCACCUCCUCAAGGCACUCGAAGAACGACAGUCACAACCUCGGAGCUCAAAGAUUCAGGAUUUCGACAUCAGCAUCUCGGACAAGACAAAGGCAGUUUAUAAGCUCGCUCAGUUCGAAAUCUCGAAGCGGCUGGCGAAGCAGCACACCGAGUUGGCCUUCCACAUCUUUUCGGAGUUCACCUUCUACUUCAAGGAGCAGCAAGCCGCCGCCCAGCGGAACGUCAUCGCCGUUAUCCUCCCAUGGAUCCAGGCGGUCGAGCUCAAAGUAGAUCCGAACGGAGGGCCCAUUGCGCAGUCGUAUGUGCUCCUGGCCAAUCUGCUCGAGAUCACAAUCAAGUCCAGCGCGGCGCUGCAUAAUGAGGUACAGGCGCUAUGGCAAGCGUUGGCAACAGGGCCGUAUCUUGGGAACGUGCGGCUCAUUCUGGACUUUAUCAUCUCACUGUGUCUAGAACGAAGGGAGCAGAACUUCGUCGAAUAUGCCAAACAGAUUGUCGUAUUUCUCGCGAGCACGAACAGCACACCGGGCAACAAGGUGGUCGAGUUCCUGCUGCUCCAGAUCACCCCCAAGGCUAUGGUGCCAAACGAGAAGCGCGAGGUUAUCCCGCCUCCUCCCGACAUCAAUGUGCUUCCGUAUUGUGCGGAUCUCUCGGAAGCGUUGCCCAUUGGAACAAAGCAAGCUGGGUUCUCUCUAGGCCAGCUGUCUCUCAUCCUGCUUGUGGACCUGAUGGUGGCGCCUGUCAGCCUCGCCGCGGACAGUGUUCCUGUCCUGCUACAAGUGGUCACAGUGCUUUGGGACCACUACACGCCGCUUGUUCAAGAACAAGCCCGAGAGAUGCUGGUGCAUCUUAUUCAUGAACUUGUCAUCUCCAAUCUUGACGACGACACGCCAGCAACCACCAAGCAACGGAUUGAAAACUUGAUUGAUGCUAUCCGUCGCCACGACCGAUCCGUUGUGUGGGGAUACGAGGACAGCAAUGGAAAGGUGGACGGCCACGACAACAAGGUGCCUCCCAGCAUGGAAUAUCUGACGGCCGAGGUCGUAAACAUGUUCGAGCUUACCUUUCCUGGGAUCAAGGAUCAGUGGGGCAGGCUCUCCCUCACCUGGGCGACGUCCUGUCCAGUGAGGCAUCUUGCUUGCCGGUCUUUCCAAAUCUUCAGGUGCAUCCUGACGUCGCUUGACCAGUACAUGUUGGGGGACAUGCUUGCCCGCCUGUCCAACACCAUCGCGGACGAAGACGCCGAGAUCCAGACUUUCUCCAUGGAGAUUCUCACCACACUCAAAUCGCUCAUCCUGAAGCUCGACGCUGACAAACUACUGGCUCUUCCUCAGCUUUUCUGGACCACAUGCGCCUGUCUCGAAUCCAUCAACGAAUGCGAAUUCCUUGAGGCGGUUGAGAUGCUGAACGAAUUCCUCAACAAACUUGACUUUCAAUCUCCCCCGGUGCGGCGCCUGCUGUACGAUGGUCAGCCCUCCAAAUGGGAUGGGUCUUUCGAAGGAUUGCAGCCCCUGCUGUACAAAGGGCUGCGGUCCUCGGCGUGCCUCGAUCUCACGCUCGAGACGCUCGAGAAGCUCAUCCGGCUGCCCAGUGAUGCCCUGGUUGGCGACGACAGCCGUCUUUUUUUCACGGCCAUCGCCAACCUGCCCCGCUUCUUGCAUGCCAUCGAUCAGAAAUCCCUUGAUCGAGGCGUCAUACAGGCGGCUGAAACACUCAUGGCAGCUGCGGACGAGCAGGGAAUGACGAGCAUGGCGGUGGUACUGGACAACUAUCUUGGAUCCAAAUACUUGUCUGGAGAAGACUUUGUGGGUCAACUGUUUUCGGCGCUCCGGGAACGGUUCCUGCCUGCGCUGGACUUCCCAAUGAUCACCAUGCUGAUGGGGUUCCUUACCAACGCGACUUCAUGGGUCAAGAUCAAGACGAUGCGCAUCCUCCGUGUGGUUAUCCCCGAGGUGGACAUGAAGAAGCCCGAGAUUGCCAGCCACGGCUCCGAUAUGAUCUCACCGCUCCUGCGGUUGUUGCAAACCGAGUACUGCAUGGAGGCUCUGGAAGUGCUGGACAACAUCAUGUCUAUGUCGGGAUCGUCGAUGGACAAGCACCAUCUCCGCAUGAGCAUGACGCGGCUCACAUCGAAGGCAGUCCGCAAGGAGUACGAACGAACGCAGAGCCUGUUUGGUAUUCCCGAAGCAUCCGGGUGGGCUAUUCCCAUGCCCGCACGGAAGACGGACUCGACACGGGCCAAUAUUCACGCAGCGUUCUACAUGUGCCAGAGCGACGAAGGGUUCGUUGCGCAACCGGCAAUGACACCCGAAGUCGAGUUCCACACAGACGACUUUCCCUAUGGGUACUUCCCAGGUUCUGGCGAUCGGGCCGACACGAUGAUGUCGGACGACGUGCGGAUCGACGCGCCCAUGGGAGAUCUCUUCUCCAAGCUUGAUAGCCUGGACGACUUUUUCGACGACCUGUCGACGAGCCCGCCGAGCGACGGCCGGUCUUCACGGACGGUCACAGAAUUCUCUCCCGACACGUUCGAGUCCGGUGCGCAGAUGUACGAGGAGCAAAUCCUCCCCAUUCUGCACCAAGCAUCCAACAAUAGCAGCAUGUCUUUCCAAAAUGGCUUUGCCGACAGGCCCAUUUUCCUGCCACGCGAGGGAGCGGGCGGAGUUGGAGGGGCCAACAACACGAUGAACCCAGGCGCCUUCAACAUCGGGGCCAGUGGCACGCCGGGCAACUACCACACCAAUCAUCACAGCAACAGCAGCCAUAUGACGCCAACCACCAUCACAACCGUCACGCCGCCAAACCGUCCCGGUCUCCACGCCCGCUCGGUCACGUCCCCCUCGGCGCCAGCCUCGUACCACGCGCAGUUGGGUGGCGCAGGCGACGUGACGUCGGACGACGAGUUCCUAGAUGACGUCUUUUCCGACGGCGACGACGAGCGACCGAUCACGGCCAGCGACGAGGGCCCGAGCGGAUCCUUUUUUUUGGAAAAUGUCAUACGCCCGCUGACGCAGAGCACCCGGUCGCGCGUGCGCCGCAUGACGGGCGGCAGGUCCCGCGACGGCGGGUUUCCUUUCCACCUGCUUCAGCAGCAGCAACAACAACAACAACAGCAGCAGCAGCAGGAGGCUGCGCCUCCUUUUGCUUCGACGUCUCUUGUGGCGGGUGGGGGCUCUCCUCAGCAGGGGGUGCCUAAGGUGACCGGGGGCUUUCUACCGCUGGGCCAUCAGCCCAGGCCGCAGACGCCGGGGUUGUGAUUGGUGUGAAGUGUCAUUUCCUUUUUUUUUUCUGCUCCCUUUUCACAGCUAAGCUGUGAUGUUUUGAAGGGUUCGACGCGAGGUGAAUUUUGCAUGGCGUGUAUGGCGUCGCCUGGUAUCUGGGCAUGUUUGAACAGAGAUGGGUGUACAUUUACUGGCAGAAGAUGAUGUGCUUCAAACGCUUAACGAGAAUUGAGCUGUCAUGUAAUCGCCAGUCGAGAAGAAGAAGACGAUAGUAAGGAGGCGAGAUGUGUCAUGUGGUUUUUGCGGACUGGGGCUGAGAUACCAGGUUACUGCUUGGAUUGACUGGGUAAGCUAGUUUAGUUUUACAGCAAAGCUGUAUGUCCGCGAAGUUUGAAUAAGACUGUCGCGGAAUGAGCUGGGUUUGUUUCUGAGUAUCGCAGAUGCUGGUACAUCAAUGCCGAAAGCCCGACUCACAAUCGUUUGAGAACGGAGGUGUGUGUAAGUUGUGGUUACAACGGCGAGCCUGUCGAAACCCC